AUGGAUCCGGGAUCAGAGACUUCGUUGAUCACAGAAUCGCUGGCCCAACGCCUGCGACUGCCGCGGACACCGGCGUCCGUGGCAAUUUACGGAGUAGGCGGGUUGAAGUCGGGGGUGUCGCGGGGACGGAUCGCGAUGAAUCUGACCUCGCGCGUUGGAAACGCGGUGUUUGCCAUCUCCGCCUUGGUGAUGCCAAGACUCUCGAUUUACGGUGGUUCCGUGGAAGCUAACUCCAGCGGAUGGUCGCACAUCCGCGGCCUUGAUCUCGCUGACCCUGACUUCAGUUCUACGGACCCAGUCGAGCUGCUACUCGGUGUCAACGUCUACGCCAAGGUGGCACGACCAGGCAUGCGGCUGGGAGGUGAUGAGGAACCAAUUGCGCAGCAGACCGCUCUGGGAUGGAUCAUCAUGGGUCUGGUAAGCACUUGUCAGGUGACCACAGCCUUGACUUCGUUGCAGUGCUCCGCUGUUGACGAUUUGAACGCAUUGGUGCGUCGAUUUUGGGAACUGGAGGAACCGCCGCGAGCGACACUCCCCCUGUCUCCGGGCGACGCGGCUUGCGAGGAGCAUUACUUGCGGUCGCAUUCACGGGACGCCUCGAGACGUUACGUCGUCCGACUCGCGACUCGUUCGGCUCUGCCGGACUUACGUGACACGCGACUCACCGCGCUGCGAGUGUUGCAGGCGAACGAGCACCGCUUCCGGAGGGAAGUCGCUCUUCGUGACGCGUACUCACAAUUCAUGACCGAGUACCUCGAGCUUGGCCACAUGACGCCGGCGUCUCCCUUACCGGCGGACUGUUCACGCGUCUGUUACUUGCCCCAUCACGGAGUAUGGAAAGGCGACGGCGAGGAGGCUAGGAUCCGCGUCGUGUUCAACGGCUCUUCACGGACAUCCUCUGGUACCUCCUUAAAUGGCGAACUUCUUGCAGGGCCGAAUUUAUUGCCGACGCUCUGCGACGUGAUAACGCGCUGGCGUAAACACCAGUUUGUUCUUGCUGCGGACAUCGAAAAGAUGUACCGGCAGAUUUGGGUGCAUCCGGAGGACCGUGACCUUCAACGGAUUUACUGGAAGAUAGGCAGCCGAGUCCAGGAGUUCCACCUUAACACGGUUACUUACGGGCUGGCCAGUGCACCCUACUUGGCUCUCGAGACCUGCGAGCUGCGCGAGCAGCUGACUCAGUUGUGCUUGGCGGGAGGCUUCCGCUUACGCAAGUGGGUCGCCAACCAUGAAGACCUGCUGCGCGACAUCCCCGCUGAACACCGGUCGUCACUGCCGUCGACGGUCGCAUUGACGUCGGAGGAGCACGACGUCCUGGGGAUACGUUGGCUUCCCGCUGAGGAGAGCUUUGCUCCAACUGUCAAGAGCAUGGCAGAGGAGUUGGUCACCAAGCGCACGGUGUUGAGGCAGACCGCGCGUCUCUUCGACCCGCUGAGCUGGCUCGCCCCGGUCGUAAUAAAUGCUAAACUUCUCAUUCAGGCGGCCUGGCUACGGCGACUUGACUGGGAUGCUCCCCUUGCUGCAGACGACGUGGAGUGCUGGCGACGGUUGCGGACGGAGCUGCCCGUCCGGGAGGAGAUCCGCAUCCCGCGUUGGUCACGUGCGUAUUCUCCGGGCGCGCUUAUUGAGAUGCACGGUUUCGCCGAUGCGUCGGAACGCGCCUACGGAGCGAUUUUAUACCUCCGCACAAUCGCGGACGGCAGGGCGUGGCUGACGCUGCUGAUCGCCAAGACGCGAGUCGCGCCGCUCAGACAGGUCUCCCUUCCGCGACUGGAGCUUUGCGCGGCUGCUCUGUUGGCUCGGAUCGCGGCUCACAUCGCUUCCGUCCUGGCCCUGGAUGGAGCGGCUAUUCACCUUUGGACGGACUCCACAGUCGUUCUGGAAUGGCUUCAGGGACAUCCCACGCGAUGGACAACCUUCGUGGCAAACAGGGUCGCCGAGGUUCAAGGAGCACUGCCGGACGCGCACUGGCAUCACGUGCCGGAGCGGAUCAAUCCGGCCGAUUGUGCAUCACGGGGAAUGUCACCCCUGGAGCUGCGAGCGCAUGAGCUCUGGUGGCGAAGACCUCAGUACCUGUGGGCGAGCUCUGCGGCUUGGCCGGCCGAGACCGCGGUGGCCUUGAGUCGUGGACUGCCUGAGCAGCGAGCUGCUCGGGUCCACAUCGCUUGCGAGGGGCAAGAACCGGAGGAGCUGACUCGCUUCUCCUCGUUGCACCGUUUGCUUCGGAGGAUUGCCUUCCGGGACGAGAUUAGGGCUCUGUCGAGGGGACGUAUCGAGCGCUCUCGGAGUCCACUCCGGUUGCUGAGUCCGUUUCUCGACGAUAGGGGACUGCUGCGCGUGGGUGGUCGACUGAAGCACGCGCUGUUGAGUGUGGACCAGCGUCAUCCCAUAAUACUUCCGCAGGGCUCGCAUCUCACCUAUCUGGUGGUCGCGGACGAGCACGGUCGUGUUCUUCAUGGAGGGACCCAAUUAACUCUCGCAUCGUUGCGUUGGAGGUACUGGGUACUGCGAGGUUGGCAAUUGGUGAAGCACUACAUUCAUCGUUGUCUUCCAUGCUUGCGAUGGCGGGCGGCGAACCCCCAACCACGGAUGGGCAGCCUUCCACGAGCCAGAGUCGUUCCGAGUCGACCGUUCACUCAUACGGGCUUGGACUACUCUGGACCGAUCCUCCUGCGCACCACGAAGGGUCGAGGUCACAGGGCCUACAAGGCCUUUGUGGCGGGCUUUGUUUGUUUCAGUUCGCGAGCCGUCCACCUCGAAGUCGUUAGCGACUACACAGCUGAUGCCUUUCUUGCAGCGUUCCGGCGCUUCGUGUCCCGCAGAGGAUUGUGCUUGCACCUGUACACUGACUGCGGGACUAACUUCGUGGGCGCGGAUCGACAGCUGCGCGGUCUUUUGGGAAUGGCGAGCAAGAGUAGCCGGAGUAUAGUAGGAAAGCUAGCAGAGGAGGGUGUGGAGUGGCACUUCAACCCUCCCGCUGCCCCUCACUUUGGCUGCCUCUGGGAAGCUGCGGUCGAGGCCUUCAAACACCAUCUGCGCCGAGUCAUCGGCGAGUCAACACUGACUUACGAGGAGAUGGCUACAUUUUUGGCCGAAGUGGAGGCGUGUCUCAACUCUCGAUCGUUACAGGCGCUCUCGGAAGACGCCGACGAGUUGGAUGUGUUGACACCGGGUCACUUUCUCGUUGGCGGUCCGUUGAAGGCUAUCCCCGAACCGGCACUGACGGGGAUUCCCCCCAGUAAGCUGACACGCUGGAAGCUACUCCAGCAAAUGAGGGAUCAUCUUUGGCAGCGAUAG